GGUACACGUCAUGUCAACUGGAGUUGUUAUCCUCUGCGCCUGCGCGUCGCCAACUCCUUUGCUGUUUAGGACUGGAAGAGACUACAGACGACCAUGAAGACGCUGCACGUCUUGUUGCUUCUGGCCCUGCUCGCCUUGGGCUCUGGAGAAGAAGGAGCCCGUUUGCUGGCGUCCAAAUCCCUGCUCAACCGUUAUGCCGUGGAGGGUCGUGACCUGACCCUGCAAUAUAACAUCUACAACGUGGGCUCCAGUGCCGCCCUGGAGGUAGAGCUGUCGGACGAUUCCUUCCCUCCUGAGGACUUUGGAAUCGUUUCGGGAAUGCUGAACGUGAAAUGGGACAGGAUUGCGCCAGCCAGCAACGUGUCUCACACCGUUGUGUUGCGACCCCUAAAGGCCGGCUACUUUAACUUCACCUCUGCCUCCGUCAGCUACCUCGCUCAGGAGGGCGGACAAGUUGUGGUUGGCUACACCAGUGCCCCCGGUCAAGGCGGCAUCCUCGCUCAAAGGGAGUUCGAUCGUCGCUUUUCCCCGCAUUAUUUGGACUGGGCCGCCUUCGGUGUGAUGACGCUGCCCUCCAUCGGCAUCCCGCUCCUCCUCUGGUACUCCAGCAAGAGGAAGUACGACUCUCCAAAGGCGAAGAAGAACUGAGAGGACCGGGCGAGAUGAGGGGGAGGGCAGAUCUAUAAAGGGUUAAUAAACCGGGCGCAGGAUCUUUGAGAAGCUUAAUAACCCAUAUUGGGGGUGAAAGGUGAACGCAAAAGUACAGCGACCGUUUUGUGUAAUUUGAUCAAGCAAGUGGAUGACGUCAUGUGGAGGCGAACAAUUACAGUGUCAGGUAUUUACUAUAACUGUAAUGUAUUUUUUUGAAGUUAUUGGACUUCAAUAUUAAUAAAAACGAGAUGUUUUUUUUUAACAAAAAAA